AUGCCGCAAGAUCCGCGGUUUUUCCGUUGCACGGAUGACGUCUUUGGCUUCCACAUGACUGCCGAGGAGCUCAGCCAUGUUCUGAAGGAUGCUGGGCUCCCAGUCAAAGUUGCCAAGAUAGUUGAUUCUUCUGGCGGACGAGUUCCUGCAGUAGGAGUGAACAUCUCGCCUGCAAGCGCUGCCGCUUUCCUAUGCGAGCUAUACCCCGCUACGUGCAACAAGGAAAGGGAAGAAUGGGCAGACUGGUCACCACCGUUCGAGUUACCGUGGCCAUUCCGUUUGCCAGUCCCGCUCUUUACGUCUACUCUGACACUUCCGAAGAAGGAUGCGAUCUUGCUGUAA